AUGGCCUCAGGUGCUGCCCCCACCGCCGCCGUGAAGACUGGAAUAAUUGGUGGAGCAGGCCUGGAUGAUCCAGAAAUUUUAGAAGGAAGAACUGAAAAAUAUGUGGAUACUCCAUUUGGCAAGCCAUCCGAUGCCUUAAUUUUGGGGAAAAUAAAAAAUAUUGAUUGCGUCCUCCUUGCCAGGCAUGGGAGGCAGCACACCAUCACGCCUUCCGAAGUCAGCUACCAGGCAAACAUCUGGGCUUUGAAGGAGGAGGGUUGUACACUUGUCAUAGUGACCACAGCUUGUGGCUCCUUGAGGGAGGAGAUUCAGCCCGGCGCUAUCGUCAUUAUCGAUCAGUUCAUCGACAGGACCGUGACAAGGCCUCAGACCUUCUAUGAUGGAAGUCCUUCCUGUGCCAGAGGAGUAUGCCAUAUUCCAAUGGCUGAGCCAUUUAGCCCCAAAACAAGAGAGGCCCUCAUAGAGACUGCUAAGAAGCUAGGCCUCCGGUGCCACUCAAAGGGGACAAUGGUCACAACUGAAGGACCUCGAUUUAGCUCCCGGGCAGAAAGCUUCAUGUUCCGCACCUGGGGAGCGGAUGUUAUCAAUAUGACCACUGUUCCAGAGGUAGUUCUUGCCAAAGAGGCUGGAAUUUGCUAUGCAAGUAUUGGCAUGACAACAGAUUAUGAUUGCUGGAAGGAGCACAAGGAAGCAGUUUCAGUGGACCGAGUCUUAAGGCCCCUGAAAGAAAAUGCCAAUAAAGCCAAAAGUUUGCUCCUCACCACCAUACCUCAGAUAGGGUCCACAGAAUGGUCCCAAACCCUCCAUAACCUGAAGAAUAUGGCCCAGUUUUCUGUUUUAUUACCAAGACAUUAAACUAGCAUGGCUGCCUAGAAAAAAGGUGACUUUCUAG